AUGCCGGGAACGUGUCUGGGGUCUCAUCCCCACGUACCUGUGCUCUCUGGCCGCCCUCCUACAGGUGCCAUGGAGAUCUGGGUCCCGGACGAGCCCGUGGUGGCCCUGUUUGGCCGCGACGCCACCCUGCACUGCGCCUUCUCCCCCGAGGCCAACUUCAGCCUGGACGAGCUGACCCUCAUCUGGCAGCUGACGGACACGAAGCGCAUGGUGCACAGCUUCUCUGGCGGCAGGGACCAGCUGGCCGACCAGGGCGGCGCCUACGCCAACCGCACGGCCCUCUUCUACGAGGAGCUGGCGCAGGGCAACGUGUCGCUGGUGCUGCGGCGCGUGGCCAUCUCCGACGAGGGCAGCUUUACCUGCUUCGUGCGCGUCAGCGACUACGACAGCGCGGCUGUGCUGCUGCAGGUGGCCGCUCCUUACUCCAAGCCCAACCUGAACCUGGAGCCCAACAAGAACUUGAAGCCGGGGGACCUGGUGGCAGUGACUUGCCACGCAUCCCGCGGCUACCCUGAGGCCACUGUCCUCUGGCAAGACAGCCACGGCGGCAACAUCACGGAGAACGUCACCACGUCUCAGGUGGCCAACGAGGAGGGUCUCUUCGAUGUGCACAGCGUCCUGCAGGUGUCGGUGGAGCCCAGCAGCACCUACUCCUGCCUGGUGCGGAACCCGGUGCUGCAGCAGGAGGCCCAGGCCUCCGUCACCAUCACGGGUCAGCACCUCGUGCUCCCCGCCGUGGCGCUCUGGGUCACCGUGGGACUCGCCGUCUGCAUCGUGGGGCUGCUCAUAGCCCUGGCCUACGUGUGCCACAAGAAGAUCCGCCAGAGCUGCGAGGAGGAGGAGGCCAACGCAGCCCUGCAGCCGCUGAGGAGCGCCGAGAGCGCAGCAGGUCGCCUGCUCCUGCUGGAAUUGGCCAUUCCCAGCGAGCCGGCCGAGCAAGACACACUUUGGGAAAAGCCAGGCAGCGAAAUCCUUCCCAAGGUCGUCCUGCGCCUGGGCUGUGCCGAGGCGAGGAGCAGCCGGGCUGGUAACUGGGAUGUCAAAUGGGUUGUGCCCAUCCGUUACAGGUGGCAUUUGGAGCUGCAGCUCCUUUCCAGGAAGGAGAUCCAUGGACCAGGACCUGAGCAGCUCCCCGGCUGCUGCUUCGGAGCUCGCGGCUCUGCUUUCGCCCUUUGUGGGCCCUGCAGAGCUCGAGAGCUCGGCUAG